AAAAUUUAUUAAAAAUGCCAGACCACGGCGUCGAUAAUAAGUUAUUGGUCCUUAAACUGAUAACAGGAGUUACUUCUAUGAUGUUAUUUGUCGCAAGUGCUUUUCAAUUAUGGAGCGGCACUGCGUAUCAGACUCAAUCGCUAGUAUGCCUGUACAACCUAAUUUUCACAUGAAUAAUCCUUGUCACUGAGUUUUCGCCCCUAAUUCUGGAAGAUAUACUGAUGGAAUUCUUCCCCUUCUUAGGUACCAUCACUGGAAAGGCCAUCUUCUAUAUAAUCCUUGGUACCUUCUGCUUAGACAAGGAGUUUAACUUCAUAGGGCUUAUCGGAGGAUUUCUUUGCUUCCUCGUCGGACUUGCAUGGCUAUUAUAUGACUACAUUUAUUACAAAAAGCCCAGAGCUGUUGUCAACGCUGGUGUAUCAGGAGUGUACGCAGAGAACAAGCACAAAUUUGCCCAGAAUGAUUUUAAUAAUAGUUUUGCUAGUGAAUAUUCCUUACAGUCCAUUCAAGCAGAAGAUGUGAGACAAAAUGACUAUAAACCUCCAGACCUUUAGAGUAGUUUAAAACAGUGCCUUCAAUUUUGGUUAAUGCGUAAG